AUGCCGCAGCUGCCGCCGGACUUCGAAGAGAUGGACGACGAAAACAAGGAGCUUGCGCUGCACAACAAGGACAAAGCGACGUGGACAAAGGCGUGCGAGAUUGCUAGUUUAUUGAAUAAUCGGACCGCUUGGAAGGCCAUGCAAGAACUCCCUGUGCUGUUCAAGGAGAUGUUUCGGCGCUGUGAUGGGGCCUGGGAUGAGGGUGUGCUUCCUCUUCGGCAGGCUUUGAUUGAGAUUAGGGUCUGGGGGUUUGGAGCAGAGGAGGACUUGUCGAUUGGGUUUACUGAGGAACAGAUCGCGCAGUAUACGACAGAGUUUGGGGCUUAUCAGGAAUGGUGUGAGUUGCGCAGGUUUGUCAAGGAAAUGCUUGAGGAGGGCUGGAUUGCGGCAGAGCAGGACCUGGACGAGGUCAGGGUUCGCAACAAGAUCUUGUUUGACUACUAUGUCUCCAAGCUGGGUCCGAACAGAACUCCUGACGAAGUUCGGAGCAUGUGGCCAUUCACGUUAGAUAUGUGA